AUGGAGGACGGCUUCUCGAGCUACAGCAGUCUGUACGACACGUCCUCGCUGCUCCAGUUCUGCAACGAUGACAGCGCUUCUGCUGCCAGCAGCAUGGAGGUGACAGACCGCAUCGCCUCCCUGGAGCAGCGAGUCCAGAUGCAGGAGGACGACAUCCAGCUGCUCAAGUCGGCUCUCGCCGAUGUGGUUCGGAGGCUGAACAUCACCGAGGAGCAGCAGGCCGUGCUCAACAGGAAAGGACCUACCAAAGCAAGACCACUGAUGCAGACCUUGCCUUUAAGAACCACCGUCAACAACGGCGCUGUGGUACCAAAGAAAGCCAGCGGCUCCCUGCCAGCCCCGCCGGGGGCCAGGAGAGAAGCCGCUGCGCCCGCCACAACCAAAAGUACCAUCAAGAGGACCAGCUCUUCCGAACGGGUGUCUCCUGGCGGUCGAAGGGAAAGCUAUGGGGAUUCCAAAGGAAACCGGAACCGCACAGGAUCCACCAGCAGUUCUUCCAGUGGCAAAAAGAACAGUGAAAGCAAACCCAAGGAGCCAGUCUUCAGCGCAGGGAAACGCCGGGUGACACAUUGCAAAGAAGAAGGAUAUGUAAAAAUGUUUCUUCGUGGACGCCCUGUUACCAUGUACAUGCCCAAAGAUCAAGUGGAUUCUUACAAUUUGGAAGCAAAAGUAGAACUGCCCACCAAGAGACUGAAGCUGGAAUGGGUCUACGGGUACCGGGGUCGAGACUGCCGUAACAACCUGUACUUGCUCCCGACGGGCGAGACGGUCUAUUUCAUCGCAUCGGUAGUCGUGCUAUACAACGUGGAGGAGCAGCUCCAGAGGCAUUACGUGGGCCAUAAUGACGACGUGAAGUGCCUUGCAGUUCACCCCGAUAGGGUCACAAUAGCCACGGGACAAGUUGCAGGCACGUCCAAGGAUGGAAAACAGUUACCCCCACAUGUGCGCAUCUGGGAUUCCGUGACGUUGAAUACGCUGCAUGUCAUCGGAAUCGGGUUUUUUGACCGAGCCGUCACCUGUAUCGCAUUCUCAAAAUCUAAUGGAGGCAGCAACCUCUGUGCAGUGGAUGACUCCAACGACCACGUGCUGUCUGUGUGGGACUGGCAGAAGGAGGAGAGGCUGGCGGACGUCAAGUGUUCAAACGAAGCCGUAUUUGCUGCGGAUUUCCACCCCACCGACACCAAUAUAAUCGUAACCUGUGGAAAGUCCCACCUCUACUUCUGGACGCUAGAAGGAAGCUCCCUUAUUAAGAAGCAAGGAUUAUUUGAGAAGCAAGAAAAGCCAAAGUUCGUCCUCUGUGUGACUUUUUCUGAAAACGGUGACACCAUCACCGGAGAUUCAAGUGGCAACAUCCUGGUGUGGGGAAAAGGUACGAAUCGAAUAAGCUACGCGGUUCCAGGGGCCCACGAGGGCGGUAUUUUCGCACUUUGUAUGUUAAGGGACGGCACGCUUGUGUCGGGAGGAGGGAAGGACCGCAAGCUCAUUUCUUGGGAUGGAAAUUACCAGAAGCUUCAUAAAACCGAGAUUCCAGAACAGUUUGGCCCCAUACGGACAGUGGCCGAAGGAAAAGGCGAUGUGAUAUUGAUAGGCACGACCAGAAACUUUGUUCUGCAGGGCACGCUGUCGGGGGACUUCACACCCAUCACUCAGGGUCACACCGAUGAGCUCUGGGGACUGGCCAUCCAUGCCUCAAAACCUCAGUUCUUGACCUGUGGGCACGACAGGCAUGCCACCCUGUGGGACGCAGUUGGUCACCGGCCCGUCUGGGACAAAAUUAUAGAGGAUCCAGCUCAGUCUUCUGGUUUUCAUCCUUCAGGGUCUGUGGUUGCAGUCGGAACACUGACUGGGAGGUGGUUCGUGUUUGACACAGAAACAAAAGACUUGGUCACAGUCCACACGGAUGGAAACGAACAGCUCUCCGUGAUGCGUUACUCACCAGAUGGGAGUUUCUUAGCAAUAGGCUCCCACGACAACUGCAUCUACAUAUACGGAGUGAGUGACAACGGGAGGAAGUACACGCGGGUCGGCAAGUGCUCGGGUCAUUCCAGCUUCAUCACCCACCUGGACUGGUCUGUCAACUCACAGUUCCUCGUGUCGAAUUCCGGAGACUACGAAAUCCUCUACUGGGUUCCUUCUGCCUGUAAGCAAGUCGUGAGUGUGGAGACCACGAGAGACAUCGAGUGGGCCACAUACACCUGCACGUUGGGGUUCCACGUCUUCGGAGUGUGGCCAGAGGGCUCGGACGGAACCGACAUCAACGCCGCCUCUCGGGCCCACGAGAAAAAACUCCUGUCAACCGGCGAUGACUUCGGCAAAGUGCACCUGUUCUCCUACCCCUGCUCACAGUUCCGGGCUCCCAGCCACGUGUACACUGGGCACAGUAGUCACGUCACCAACGUCGACUUCCUCUGUGACGACAGCCACCUCAUCUCCACCGGCGGCAAAGACACAAGUAUCAUGCAGUGGCGGGUCGUGUAG